CCUACUAAGCAAAACAAGCUUCUGCAGAGAGCAUUCUGCCUUCUCCUGCAGGAAAACUAGCAGGGUUGUGAUUAUCUGUAUAAAAUAAAGCUAGUAUUGCUGUUGGUUAUAAACGUUAAGAGUAACAUGCUUCAGCUGAAUGACUCUGUGGAGCCGGAGAGUCCAGGGGCGGCGGUUCUGCAUGCUGACGGCAUUGAGGAAGCGCUAGACGGGCUGGAGGUGGCGUUCAGUCCGGGGCCUGAGGCCCAGCCUAUGCUCGGCUUCGGAGCUGCUGUAGCCUGCUGCUCUCCACUCCAAAAACUCACACCUUUUCACGUCCACAACCCAACCCUCCGUGCAAAAGUGAAGGAUUACUUCGUGUUUAGGCCAGGAACCAUAGAGCAGGCGGUGAACGAUAUCCGUACGGUGGCUUUACCUUCAGAAGACGGCGAGGUUCUGAGUGUGUGGCUCUUAGCAGAAGUUGAUCACUGGAACAAUGAGAAGGAGAGACUGGUGCUCAUAACCGAGAGGUCCCUUCUGGUUUGUAAAUAUGACUUCAUAAACUUGCUGUGUCAGCAGGUCAUCAGAAUUUCCUUAAACGCUGUGGACACCAUUUCAGUCGGAGAGUUCGAGUUUCCACCAAAAUCUCUGAAUAAGAGAGAGGGCAGUGGCGUUCGUGUGCAUUGGGAUAAACGACCGAGACCUACUUUUCUAAACCGCUGGAAUCCCUGGUCCACCGACAUGCCCUAUGCCACCUUCACAGAGCACCCCAUGGCCCACGCUGAUGAAAAGGUGGCUUCCCUUUGCCAGCUGGAGAACUUUAAAACUCAGCUGAUCCAGGCAGUAAAGAGAGCCCAUAAGGAGUUUCCGAUCCCGGGCCGGUCUAACGGAGUGCUGCUGCUGGAGCGGCCGCUGAUCAUCGAGACCUACCUAGGCAUCAUGUCCUUCAUCAACAACGAGGCCAAACUGGGCUACUCCAUGACCAGAGGCAAAAUCGGCUUCUAGUUUAUCAUGGCUAACCUGCGUUGCUGCACUUGAAUAUGUUGAGCUCCAUGAAUCCCUUUUGUGUUGCUUGCUGGAUUUCAGUGGAGGGUGAAGCGUGCCCCUCUUCAUGCCACCAGUGUGACUCGUUGGCUCCUCAGCAUGUGCCUAGAAGCAUCCGAUGCCAACAUCGAUGCCCCUUUACUGGGCUUGUGCCAUCCUGCUUCAUUUUGGUGUCCUACUCUACUAUGUGUAUUUUUUUUAACAGUAUGUUGAGGUGGGAUUCGGAGUGUGCGUGCUGGAGCGCUUUACAGGUAGCAGAUUAGGAUCCAGUGUUUGCUAGAAUCUUAGGUAUUAGCCAUAAAAAAUAUUAGCGUAAUUCACCACAUCCCUUUUGUUAACAUGUUCUGUCAGGUCUCCAGAUUAUUGAUGAGGACAGAACAAUGGAAAACGUUCAUUGUCAGUAAACAGAAGAACAGCCAUAAUUUCAGUAUUCCUCUAAAGGCAGACAACAUACAAACUGUGCCAGCGUCUACAGUACAUAUUCGCCUUAGCGUUCACAAGUUUUCAAGGUUGCUAUGACGAUACAGCAGUCAGCCUAAAUGUCGGUAAUAUUUCCAGUUCAUUGAAGGGGUAAAGGCGCUAGAUGUAACGGAUACACGUUUGUUUCUUGUAGUGGUUCAUUUUUUUGCGUCAUGGUCUUUUGAGCCAGGAAAUUCCAUGAAAGUGUGUGAAUGAAUUGAUUGAUUAAUAAGCAGUCACACCAGUGCUGUUUUCUUUCUUCUUGCUUGCCGAACAUCUAGACAACAAAAACAAAUUAGCUAGGCUAACUUUACCCCAACAUUCUCUCCAAAAUCACAUACAAUCGUUCCGCUGUAUAAAGCCUAUACGCAUAGCUGGUUAAACACUGCUCUAUCAGUUCAUCCACUGCAUUUUAUUUAUCACUUCUUCUGUUUGCAUGGACCAAUCCUGUCCAUUAUCUUGCCUAAAUUUCUGUCCCUGCCUGCAGGUUUGGUAAUAAUUAAUAUUUAAUGUGCACUUUGAAGGUUUCAGUAGCAGGUAGAAGUAAACAACUUUCUUUUGGAUGCACUGAAACUACUAGUGUUGUCAUGGAUAAGCUAGAAUUAUGAGAAAUUUCAAUGAAAAACGCCUGUUAAUACGUUUACUUAAAUUCUAUUUGCCUCAGAAAUAUCUCAUAAAAAGUACUAAUUAAUCAUUAUCCUACUACUGUUACUAAAUUCAUUUUAAAAGCCUAACGUAAUUUUAAACAAACUGUAAUAUUUGAAAGCCAUUCUUAAAACAAGAAAUGUGACACUCAUCAGUGCUUUGUGUGUGUGUGUGUGUGUGUGUGUUCCACCGCUUGCUCUAGCCAGGUACAGAAGGAUAGUCCAACGCAUAGAUUAAUUCAUGUGUGAAUUCAGCUCUCAUUAACCAGGUCAGUGAUGUAGAAUUUUGUUGAACCAGACUGCUCAUGCAGAGAAGUUUGUAUGAAGCUCAUAAAGCUGAUGAUAACGUUAAUAACAUCUCCUACAGAACUCUGCUGCAAGCUUGUCAGUACAGUCCACAAAAAGUGUUGUUCUAUUAUAAGUGUAUUCAUUAUCACUUAUGAAUUUAAAUGGAAAAUUCACUGUGAAUGAUUUGCAUAAUUAUGUUUAGAAUGAACUUUUUCAGUGAUAUUCAGAGAUUUCUUUUGUAACUCACUUGAACUUUUUUUUUCCUUAUUAAGCUUUUUUCCACUCUUUACAAUUACCCACAAUGCCAUUCGUCUACCAGUAGUGCCACUGGGGAUUUAGCAGCGCUUUAACUCCUUUAGUUUGUCCAGGUUUCUCCCCUUGUCAUUUGUACACUAACAAAAGAAAAAGAACUAAUUUCUCAAAGGAACAACGAAAAUAUAGCACCAACCAACGUAUCUGCACCACUUUCGCUAAACACAUCACAGAUAUUUGUAACGUGAAGAUUUUGUUUCUAACACUGGUGUGUUUCCUUUCCUUCAACACAUUCUGUCACACUUCAUAGUGAAAUCAGUGCACUUCGGGGCGACUUUCAGCAAAAAUGUACCCUUAACUGUAACUAACGUGGCUCAGUUUGUGACGUUAAUCAGGGCUCAGGUUAGGAGAGUAAUUCUCUAAAAGGAUGCAAAUGAGGGUUAGGAGCUUCAUCCUAUCCAGAGAUGAUUAGUGGAGAUGCGUUAAUACGGGUUCCUUACUAGGUUCUUUGCUUGUAUGCACUUUUACUAGUUUAUUUUUUCCCCUCUCUCUGUACAAUGUUGUGUGUUUUGUAUCAAACCUUUUAAUGAUUGCACUGUUUAAAGGAUUUUUUGUUUGUUUUUGUACAAAUGUAAAGUAUUGCAUGUGAGCUGUGCAUGCGAUUAACUGUGUAAAAAGUGGUUGUGUGUACGCUAUAUGUGUAAGCUGCUUGUUGCUUCAAAUCACCUUUACAGAUUUCACGCAUGAUCUCUGACAAAAUAUUUCUAAUUAAUACUAAUAGCCACUGAUUCAAAAAUACUGUCACUCCUCAAUUUCUUGACGUCUAACUACUGGACCCAAAUUCUAUACGAUUAUUAGUCAGUAUUGAACCUUUUCAUGCUUCAGGUUGGUUUAUGGGAGUCAGACUCAGCAUUGUGGUCUACAUGUCGGUUCUGUGGAUUUGUACUGUAACAAUACUCAUGCUCAGACUUAUUAAAAUUGCUCUACAUUCUU